CCCUACACGACCGUGCCCGCCGUUCCCCUCAAACAGCUCCAUCGAGCCGCGCUCACUUGCAACUCGGCCGCCACAUGUCUGUGACACGAGCCAGCCAUUAAAAAUCCCCUUCCAACCUUUCUCUCCCCCUUCACCCUCCUCCUCUUUGGCUCUUUCUCACCAGCUCUACCGCCGCCUCCUUCUCCCACUACUCCGCCUCCGAUCUCCGGACCCUCCGGCGACCGGGCCCCACCGCCCGGCCUCUACGCCGCCGCCCAGGCCCCACGUGCCAAACUCGCGCCGCCGCCGCCGCCGCCAUUAACCAACUACUCCUACCUCCCAUCAUUCCUUCCCGAUCUGCCAACUAGCCAAGCCCACUGACGUGCUACGCCGCCGCCCUCUCCUUCUCCCCCGCCAACGCGUUUGGCCUCCCCUGCGUCCUACUCCCGCGGGGUCCCAAGCCCCAACCCUAGAGCUCGCUAGCCCAGGGAUCGGCCAAGUGAUGCGCGGAUCGGGGCGGGCGGGGCGGCCAUGUUCGGCCGCAUGAAGUGCCUCGUCGGCGGCGCCGUUGACCAGGGCAGCCCGCGUGGAGCCACCAGGAGGGUUUCGCCGGCGUCCGGCCGCGUGCACAACGCCGCCGCGGGGCCGGGGGCCAAGAGGGCCAUCUGCUUCCGCCCGCCGGACGUUAUGGAGACGGUGCACGAGGUGGCCGUCUACAUCCACCGCUUCCACAACCUCGAUCUCUUCCAGCAAGGAUGGUACCAGAUGAAGAUUAGUGCAAUGUGGGAGGAGGGUGAAAGCGGUAGCAAGACACCAGCUUCACCCGCAAGGGUAGUCCAGUACGAAGCUCCUGAUGUCGGUGCGGACGAUGCUUUAGGCAUUUGGAGAAUAGAUGACGCUGAUAACAGCUUCUACACACAGCCAUUCAGAAUCAAGUAUGCUCGACAGGACAUAUAUCUAUCGGUUAUGGUGUCUUUCAACAUACUCAACGGUGCAGAAGAGGGUCCAGCAGCUUCUGCUGUGAUAUUGAAGUACGAGUUAAUAUAUGCCCCAACACUGGAGAAUGGAUCUGAUAUCCAAUCUUCUAGUGCUACAUCUUCAGCUGCCGUACAUGAAUUUAGGAUCCCACGCAAAGCACUCCUGGGCUUACAUUCAUAUUGUCCAGUUCACUUUGAUGCAUUCCACGCGGUGCUUGUCGAUCUGACAUUGCAUAUAGUGUACCUGAAAGCUGGUGCAAAUAAAUCAUCAUUGAAGAUACCAGAUCAAGGUUUACGCCCAACAGCACAUCAGAUUGUCAAGGCAUUAUUGACUUCAAGGGAAAUGUUACUUGAAGAAUUGAAGAAAAUCAGUGGUGCUGUUGGCAAAACAAUAGAAGAUUUAGAUGAUGCUGACUUUAGUCUUGGUAAAUAUGAGUCACUUCAGUCUUCAAAACCAGUCCAUCCUGAUUCUGGUAAAGUGUUCCCUGUAACUACCAAGGGUGUUGGGCAUUUGGCUGGCAUCUUACAUGACUUUCUGGAGAGACCUAAUGAUGUCGUUGAUGGCACUAGUGAUGGUAUGCUGUAUACUCUUUCCAGUGAAGAGUUGUUAGAAUUGUUUAUAACCGUGAGCAGCCAACUUUCACUUCUAUGGAAUGCAUUCUUGAAAUUUCAUAGGAUAAAUAAAACUAAGAUAAUGGAUUACUUGCGGGACAUUUGGGCCGUUGACAGGAAAGCAGAAUGGUCAAUCUGGACUAAUCACUCUAAAAUCGAGAUUCCACACCGCUAUUUGCGGAGUAUGAGUGAUGACCCAUCUUACCGUCACUCCCUCCUGAGAGUUUCUGGUUCGAGGAAGUUUCAUGAAGAUCCUGUACAAAAUUCUGCUUCACGGGCUGAGCUACACAGGAAGAGCAUAGCCCAAAUGAAGAUCAACACGAGGUCUGUUCAAGAUAUGCAUAUAUAUGCCGAUCCUUCACGUGUCCCGGUUGUUCUUAUAGAACAACAUGUCAUGGUUGUUCCACAACAUGGUUCAAACAAGGAUUUCGCAUCAAGUUCUUCAGAACAGAAGGAUACUAUUGUGCUACCUAAACUACAAGGAGAGUAUUUGGCGCUGAAAAAUAUCAAUGCUAAAAAAGGUGGACGCGUAUUACGAGCUGUCAUCUUUGUGCAUGGAUUUCAGGGACACCAUUUGGAUUUACGUCUUGUUAGAAAUCAAUGGCUUCUAUUGGAUCCUGGAGCUGAAUGCCUAAUGUCUGAGGCUAAUGAAGAUAAGACUUCUGGAGAUUUUAAGGAAAUGGGCGGCAGGCUUGCCGGGGAGGUUGUUGCAUUCUUGAAAAAGAAAGUGGAUAAGCUUGCAAGACAUGGAGGCUGCAAAGAAUUGAAGCUUAGUUUUGUUGGCCAUUCCAUUGGAAACAUUAUCAUCAGAACUGCCUUAGCAGAACCUGCAUUGCAGCCAUACUUGAAGAACCUCUACACAUACAUGUCGAUAUCAGGGCCUCACUUAGGUUAUUGGUACAGCUCAAAUUCUUUGUUCAAUUCUGGUCUCUGGCUUCUAAAAAAGCUUAAGGGGGCACAAUGCAUCCAUCAGCUCACUUUCAGUGACGAUCAAGACCCCCAAAAUACCUUUUUCUAUAGGCUUUGCAAGUCAAAGACACUAGAGAACUUCAAAAAUAUCAUAUUGUUAUCGUCACCACAGGAUGGGUAUGUACCAUAUCAUUCAGCAAGAAUAGAGCUCUGCCCUGCUGCGUCGUCUGAUACUUCAAGGAAAGGUCAAGUCUUCACGGAAAUGCUGAAUAAUUGCUUGGAUCAGAUCCGUGCACCGUCGUCUGAAACCCGUAUAUUCAUGAGGUGUGAUGUUAAUUUCGACCAAUCUGCCCAUGGGCGGAACCUCAACACAAUGAUUGGCAGAGCAGCCCACAUAGAAUUCCUGGAGACUGACAUCUACGCCAAGUUCAUCAUGUGGUCCUUCCCUGAACUAUUCCGAUGACAAUGACCAUGACCAUGACUAUGCUCUCUCUGUAAUUUGGGAAGGCAUGACGUUCCAAACAAAACCAAAACCAAACCAAACCUGGAUACUGCACUACUGACCAAGAAAGGAAUAUAAAGGUUUCGUCACCAAGAUGGAUAGCACUGUAAAGUUGCCUAGCAGUAACAUUUUGCCAGUUUGUUAGAUUUGAUUUGUAUAAAUAGUCGAUUUGUUCAUUUCGAUUUAUAGUCCUGUAGAUGUGCCGUCAGGUCUUGAUAAUCCAACGUCUUCUGGUGUGGUGUAUUUUAGGGCUACCAGCCAGUUUAGGAGGCCCAAACAGGCAGUGAGCUUAUGUCAAAUAAGCAUGACAUGUGUUUUAUCUUUUUUUAAUGAUCACCACAUCAGGCAGAGAUCAUUGUGUGGUUCUUGUCAUGUCAUGUAGUUGUUGAUCUGUAACUGAAUGUUGAGGAUUCAUUGGAUGCCGGAGAGUGCAGUCAAACUUGUACGACUUUUGACUUUGGAUGUACAAAUGCAUUAUUGAGAUUGUAAGAAUCAAAAUGAUAUUCAUUA